AAUAUGAACCCUCCUAACUCCCGGGAGAAGAAUAAUCUCUAAUUAAUGCCGUCGCUUUAAUCAAAAGGAUUUAUCUCCUCCCAAGUUCUGUUGAAUGCUUAUAAUCUUAUGCCAUUUUCAGAUCACUCCUUUGAGACAUGUGAUUUGUUUAAGCCCCGUUCCUACGCGAUUUCCGAAACAUAGUAGUACGUCAAGAACGUAUUACUUCAAACCUUAUCUCCUUCCAUACACGGAUUUUAGAUAUGGAAUCCCGUAUUCUAUUUAUCACGAUAUCGAGCAAAAGAACCAAUUCUGUUGGCCCCAGUUGGAGUUGAGAAUGAUAUAUACAGAUUUAAGGGAAACCUUCUGAAAAUCUUGAAAGAUCUACCUGGUUGUAAUCCCAUAUUUUGACUUUUAUGUGGUUUUUCAAUGCUAGACUGUUGGAAUUCAACUUUUUCUUUGGUUAAUUCUUUCUAAGUUUUUGGGUUUGUUUGGUUGGAAUCUGAAACACCCAUUUUGAGAGGGUGCUGCUUUUCGCGGAGAUUAGUGAGUUUCUUAAUGAGACGGGGCUUGAAAUUGAGGUGAAUAUUUUUGGGAAUUUUUUAAAUUUUCUUUGUGGAUAGGUUUUCUGGUGUUGGAGUGGGAGAAUAUGUUUUGGAGAGGGAGGAAAAGGGAAAACAAAGAGCAUAAUGGUGGUCCUCCUUGUGGGCAGGUCAGAGGAGUUGUUGGUGACACAGCAUACUACCUAUGGAACUUUGGGAUGUAUCAGGACUUGAACGAUAUCAAGAUUGCCAGUCUCUCUCUGUUCGAUUCUCAAAUCAAUAGUGUUAUGUUUGUUCAUGAUCUUUCUCAAAGAAGGACGAAGACAAGCUUGCAGAAGUGGGCUGCAGAGAUUGCUGCUACUGGGACAUUCUCAGCUCCUUUGGCGUCUGGAGGUCCUGGUGGUCUUCCUGUACCAUACAUUGUUAUUGUUAACAAAGCAGAUAUUGCAACAAAAGAGGGUACACAAGGGAGCAGUGGUAAUCCUGUUGAUGCAGCUAGACAAUGGGUUGAGAGGCAGGGAUUACUUUCAUCAAACAAAGAACUUCCUUUGACUGAGAGUUUCCCUGGCAGUGGAGGUCUUCUAUCAGCUGCCAAAGAAGCCAGGUACGACAAAGAAGCGGUGAUGAAAUUUUUUCGAAUGGUCUGUAUAUUUUGCCUGUGCAUGUAUGAAAUUGAUCAGGCAGAUAUACUUCUCAGAUGAAUUGCCUGGUGCAAGCCCGUGGUUGACCCAGGUUCAUCGGUUGUUGUCAGUCUUCUGAAAUUUUAAGCGAGGACCAGUUUAACCUGCCUAGAGAUCUUUUGUGAUAGUUUGAUCUGCUGCAUGAAACCUUUUGAAUUAUUCUAACACAGCAUAAAAGAAAAUGAUGGCCACACGUCUGGCAAUGCAUGUGGUUCAAGAUCAAAUUGCAUCGUUUUUUCUGCUCAAAUUGCAAAAUAAUCUCUACUUAUUUGAUUGUUUUUCUUUUUCCAUAUCAAUUGUUAGAUUAGGUAUUCUUCGCUUGUCUUGUACCAACACUUCUUACUCACGUACAAGUUGCCAUUUGAUGCAUGUCAAUUUCCGUCCCAGAAGGUUUUUGCUGCAAGUGGCAGAGGGUGCGGAAGAAUUCAGAGGAAAUAUCUUUUAAAAUAAACUAAAAUUCACCAAAGAUAAUCUGAAAGAAUUAUGAAUAAAAGCCCAUGUCUGUGGUGAACCUGGCAAAAAAAAAUGACAACAUAAAAAAAGAAGCCAGCAUGCAAAAAUGAACUCGUUAAUGUGCGUGCGUGUGGAUGCCCAUGUUAUCAUAAUUUAUAUAUUUUUGUUCACAAAAACCUGUGCAUGUUGGACCUGUAAGAUAUGAAUUAUGAUCUUUUUGAAAUUUCCUCUCGUAUCAGACUCUCAAAUCCACAUAUACAUGUGUAUAUAUCAAAUAUACACACAUGUCUAUAUGUGCAUGUACGUAUGCAAAAACUACCUGAAGAAAAGGAGAAAAACAUUUGGAUUGUUCACCAUAAAUACAUUUUACAUCGGGUUUUCUUAUGAAUGAAAUCUGCACUCCCAAUUUUUUAUAGUUUCCUUCCAAAUAACAAAAAUAAAGAUGAAUAGAAAAAGAAGGCAGCGUCUGUACUUCCCUUUCAUGUGUAAUUUGAAAGGUGAAGAAGAAUCCCAACUAUGCAGUUUGUCUUGUGUUCUGAUGCUUUGAUCUUCAAGAAAUAGAACCUUGAAGUUUAUGAAAAUUCUUCUCGGAUGUUUGUUAUGUAAAGUUCAUGUCAUGUGCCGCCCUUUGUGACUCAUAAGGAUACUGUUCCGGGCAUCAUUUUUUCUGGUUAACUUUGUUUCUCUUUCAUUAAUUGUAAUUGUUAUAUCAUCAGCACUUUGUUUUAUGCCUAAAAGCUUGUAUAAUUCCAGUUUUUUGCUAUAUUUCUUACUGCAUCUUCUACUGGAGUUCGAUUGGCGACACGUACAAGUAUAAUACGCUUUUCCUCCGCUACCUGCUCAACGCAACCUGAACUCUCCUCCCACACUUUAUCCCCAGCAGCCCAUGUCAACACCUGACUAUUAUAACAUCCCAAGAUAUGCAUCUAGUGCCAACCAGGAAAUCACCACUGUGAGAUCAAAGCGUACAGUUAUUAAUGUAAGAAAAUCUCAAUUGCUUGUUGAUUGACCGAAACAUCUUCAAGAGCUGUAUGUUUUCCUUGGUGGAAGUUUCACUCGUUAUUUGGCCACAGAGAGGCUUUCUGUUCACCGUGUGUUAUAAUGUAAUGGAUUUGCUUGUUUAUCGCUGAAUAUGCAUCGAUUCUUUCCAUUCAUUUGAUUUUCAAUUUUUCUUCCUCUAUUGUAAUUCCUUGGCCUCCUCAGAACUUUUAAUGUGUGAGCAAACUAUAUUCAUUAGUGGAUGGAAAAGUAGAUGAACUUUAA